AUGGCUUCACCCCGUCCUUUCUUUCUGACUCCUUCAAGUUCAGAUGACCAUUCAUCACAGGAAGACAGUCCAGACUCACCACGACCAAGAAUAAGCAAACGACGUCAAGACCCUCCCCCUUCCGCCUUCACCUUCCCCUUCGCUGACCCUGCAAGAAGAUCGCCUUUUCUAUCCCCCGCUUCACGUCCAUCAACCAUAUGGUCCCCUCCACCCGUAUCCGCUAAUCCUUCUGUCAUCGCACUCCCCCUCACACAGAAGAAACCAAUUCAAUCAACCCGCCUCAAAUCAAAACUCACCAAAGACGAUAAACCAUGGCUCACAAAGAAACGUCGUUGCGAAUCAGGAAGCUGGUGGCUCACCUUUGUAGCUGCCCUCUUGGGCGUCCUUAUAGCAGCAGCACUCUGCUUCAGAGGUUGGGAAUCCGUAGACCUCCUCUCAGACAGUCAACUCUGUCUCGUCAUGCAAGACGACUUUGACAGUUCUAUCGACCCCAAUAAUUGGAGUCUUGACGUCGAGCUCGGUGGUUUCGGCAACGGUGAAUUUGAAAUGACAACCGACAAUCCCUCCAACGUCUACAUCUCAAAUGGACAACUCUACAUCAUGCCCACACUCACGAGCGACUCCAUCGACGGCGGCUGGGCUUCGGUCAUGGAUGGAGCGACCUAUUCGCUUCCAGACUGUACAGCUCAAGGCGGAGGCUCGGGUAACUCCACGACCACCGGUUCAAGCAAUUCUACUACCAGCAGUAAUUCCACCACCGCCUCUAGCAACCCAUGCACAGCUGUUUCAAAUAACCAGAGCGGCACUAUCAUCAACCCCGUCAUGAGCGGUCGUCUUAAUACCCGUGGAAAACAGACUAUCAAGUAUGGCCGUGUCGAGGUCCGCGCAAAACUGCCUCAGGGAGACUGGUUGUGGCCCGCUAUUUGGAUGCUUCCUCAGGGUAACAGUACAAGCUCAAGCACAGCUCAGGGAACGGGAGUUUAUGGCGCGUGGCCCCUCAGCGGCGAGAUCGAUAUAAUGGAAGCCCGCGGCAACCUUCCUUCAUAUCCCGCUCAAGGUUCGAACUAUGUCCGCUCGUCCCUAAAUUAUGGGCCGUUUGCGGGUGGCUCUACGCCCAUCUCUACCGGCACAAGCACCACCGCCAACCUCCUGAAAAGCAUCUACGGCUGGGUAAGCACCAAACGCGGGAAUUUUGCCGACGGGUUCCACGUUUAUGCGUUGGAGUGGACCGGCGAGUGGAUGAGGUUUUAUACGGAUGAUCGGCUGCAGGCAAUGAUCAACCUAAAAAUAUCCUCCAAAUCCUCCGAUUCCUAUUUCUUCAAUACAGGUGGAUUCCCAGGUGUAGCUAUGAAUGCGUCGAGUGGAAAGGAAGUGGUCGUCGAAGAUCCGUGGAGUACGGCAUAUGGGGGGAGUGCUGCUGCCCCUUUUGAUCAGGAAUUCUAUCUUGUGAUCGAUCUGGCGGUUGGCGGGACGAGUGGGUGGUUCCCAGAUAGUGUAGGUGGAAAGCCGUGGUAUGAUGGAUCUGCUACUGCGAUGCGCGAUUUCGCAAGUAAGUACGAACAGUGGAGCGCUACGUGGCCUUCGAAUCCGGAUGAGCGUGCGUUUAGGAUUGAUUAUGUGAAGAUGUGGAACCUCUGCGGGUGA